AUGGCCUUUCAUCACUUUGGACAUCUCCCGCUGGAGCUCCAGAUCAAGAUUUGGCAGGCUUACAUCCACCCCGGGCCAGCCAUGCAUAUCUUCGAUGUCUGCUUUCCCUCGUGGAAGGGGGACGCGCGUUCCGAAAGGGCGUUUGCGAUGCAGAAGAAGGAUAAAGCAGGGGAAGCAAAGUCGAAUUUGUACAAAAAGACAGUAUUUCUCGAUCGACUGGAAAACAUAGAGUCUAAGACUAUGUUCGACCCAAGCAUGUACCACGCAACAGCAACCUCACGUCUCAUCAGCCGCCUUGCGGAGCGGACUGCAAAAGAAACGAAAGCUAGACAAGACAUGAACGAGAUAUAUCUUCCCGGGCGAGCUCAAAAGAUCUUCAUCCCAGCGUCUGACGUCCUCAUGCUGCGCUUUCGCGAAACACCAUCUGACCACAUGGAACUACCCACCCAGACCCUUCUCUGCCCACCACCUAUCAAAGACAUUCUGGAAAACCAGUGGUCGCCAGAGAUAGCAUCGGCACUACAGAACGCUAAGAAGGUAGCGAUUGAUGUCAGUGAGACAUGGGCGACUGGGUUAUAUGGCGAACUAGGUCUCGAAGAGAUCGCCUUCUUUGCGUGCACUAUCCAAAAAGGCCUCGAGGUACUGUAUCUUGUGGAUGACUGCACAGGGAGGUGUAAACAGUGCGGAAGACAAAACGUCAAGAUGAGCGAGAUCCGAACGCGUGACGCCCUGUGGAAAGGUCUGCGGACGAAAAACACAGACGACCAAGAGAGACAGGGAGACAUCGUGAAUGCAGUCUCGAGACGAUAUGUUGAGGCGAGGAACCUUGCGGCGUUGGGAUGGGAGGAGGAACACCCCUCGUAUAUCUUUGCGUGCAUGAUGGACGCCGCUAUUAAGAGUCAACAAGCCGGCGUGGACAAAGGGAAGUUCCAAGGCGUCAGAGUAUUGGUGGUGGAGGAUGAGUGA